UAAUAUUAUGGCUUGGCACGUUCUCAACUCUUCAGUGCAACAUUUUCCGACACGACGACCUAAUUUUAGAUAUCUUUAACUUAUCAAUAUUUGAGUGUACAUUCUUCAGUAGUGUGGUGGUACUAGUAUUUAGCGCUCAUUCCUAGUUGUCAUGAGUGUUGGGAUGGUUGCCAAGCCAAGAUCGCUGAGGUAGGUGUGAGGAAGGCGCCAAGCUCCCAGCGCUCCACCGCGACGCCGGCAUGCUUUACGACCUGCAGCCGAGAAGGAAUCUCCGAUGCGAAUUGCGCAGAACCCAUUCACCUCCACAGGUGAUAAAUACAAGAAUAAAGGACGGUGCGGCAGUGGGCCCCGGCGGCGGCUCCCGCUACGAUGGCGUUACUACCUGCGAAGAAUUCGAGCAGGGGGCGCACUUCAACCCGUAUGAAGUUGUCGACAGUAUGUGGAAAAUUUUCUACGUUUGGGCGAACACUACGGAAAUAUAUCCAAUUGUAUUUUCUUUGCCCAUGAAGAAGAAAGUAGACAAUUUCAAGUUAAUCAUCGAGGCAGCGGAGCCGUACUUCGAGGUGGAGUGGCAGCGAGCCACCAUUUUCAUGAUGCCGCGGCCGGGGCUCAUGAUCCUCUUCCUAUACGCCGGCACGCCCGGCGCUUUCAGAGCUAUUAUAAAGCAAGAUCGUGUUACCAAUGUAAAGCCAAAUCCACUGCCGUUGAUCAAGCUGGCAGACAUCCGCAUGAAGAUGGUGGGUCGCGUGAUCGGCAUGGUGUGCUGCGAGGACCUCACGGCGUACGCCUUCGUCAGGAUGGACGAGAUGCCCGAAACAGAAGCAGAGUGCGAGAAGUUAGCUAACAAGAUCGGUUUCAAGGGACCCGACGCACGUUCCUAUUUGGAAAUCAAUAGAAUUCGAAAAGAACUGUGAAUAAUAUUUUGAUUAUUAUAUAGAGAAUCUUCCUCGAUUGUGUCAAGGAAAUUCUUACCUUUCUUACUUUUUUUCAUUUUGUACUUAUUUCAUGGACCAUGAAAAUAUGGAAAAUGUGUAAAAAUGUUUCACAAACGAAAGUGAACGCUUUCAUAUAUCAAAGUUUAUGAUAUGACGUUAAUUCCGCCGAGUAAAUCCCUGAAGAUAUAAAAAUGUACAGACGUUUAUUGCUCUUUUAUACAAAAUCCUCAACUAAUUUCUGUAUUCUUAUACAAAUUGCUUAUAACCCAUAAUAAACCAAGCAAAAUAGUUGAAAUUUUCCCAUACGACUCAGGCAAAUUGCUUAUUACCUUCGUAGCAGUCUACUUUCGUAGACAGUUCUACGCGAUUCGUAGACGCUACGAUGUUCGUAGCACUAUAACACUACUCAUGACAAUUUUAUUAUAUUUUGUUUGAACACCCUAAUCGCCUUGAAAUUAUGACAUUCAAGAUACAGGGAGUUGCAAUGUUAUACCUAUAUCCUAACGGAUUCGUCAGGGUCUGUUUCGAAUGGGAGAUUUUCGUUAGCAUUUUAUCAUUUUGCAAUUUUACCCAUCUUUUGUCGUUAUUUACACACAUGGAUUUGGUAAGUACUUCGUGAGUAAAAGAAAUACUCUGUAGAGCUAACCUGACUUAUUUUAUCUAUGAAAGCCAUGGAUUUAGUAAGUACUUGGAGUACCUACUAAUUCCAUGUUUACACAGUAAGUCAGUCACGUAAGAAAAAUUAAAACAAAAAUAUGUCCCAAUAACUUAAAAUUGUGGAUUUAAUAAGUAGGUACUUAUUCAUGUUUUAUAUAAGUAAAUAGACGUUGCCAUUUACUUGUCACGUUGACUGUUUUAAAAAAUUACCGUUUGUCUUCAUAGAUUUCUGAAUAUAGUAGUACCAUGGAUUUAUUAAGUUCUUCAUGAGUAGUAGUACCUAGUAUGAUAUUUUUGUUUUAUUGAUUUAUAUAUAGAUAAUAUAAUAUAUCUAUCUUAAAAACAAUAUUGUGUAUACAUUUAACGUUAAGUCAUAUAUGAUGUCUAAUAACCAUAUCCAGUAGAUGCCCUUCUUCUCCAUGCCGUGCUGCAAAUGUCUUGUUGGUUAUUCAAACUGUAUUCAGCUUUAUUAUAUUUUAUACAAUUUAGAUGUACAGAUUUUUAUAGUUGAGUGAAUUCACGACAUAUUAAAUUGUUACA